AUGGCUGUGUCCUCAUUCGGUUUGUUGGACUAUCUGGUUCUGGUCGGGUUCCUUGUGCUGUCUUCGGCCAUAGGCAUCUACUUUGCCUGGACCGAUCGGGCCGAGCAGUCUAACCGGACGUUUCUCACGGCUAAUAAGCAACUAGGCUGGCUUCCAGUCUCACUGUCUCUGAUGGCCAGCUUCUUGUCGUCUAACAACAUCUUAGGGUUUCCCGCUGAAGUGUUUGUGCACGGCACUACGCUCUGGGUGGGAGCUGUGAGUUCCAGCGUUGCAAUUCUACUAGCCACAUUUGCCUUUCUGCCAAUCUAUUACGAAAUGGAUGUCACAAGCAUCAAUGAGUACCUCGAGAGAAGAUUUAAGUCGACUGCAGUCCGAAAACUGGCGUCUUUUCUGUUCCUCCUCGAAACGCUAAUGUACCUGGGUGUUGUGCUUUACGGUCCAUCCCUUGCCCUCGGAUCCGUCACCGGAAUCCCUGUCUGGUCGUCCAUUCUGUUCAAUGGCCUGGUGUGCACUUUCUACACUGCCAUUGGAGGCAUCAAGGCGGUCGUCUGGACGGAUGUGGUGCAAAUGAUUCUGAUGUAUUCUGGUUACGUCAUGGUUAUUAUAUCGGGACUUCACCACCUUGGAGGCUUCACGAAUAUGUGGAAUCUUGCCGAAGAAGGUGGCAGAAUCAUCUUUUUGAACCUCAGCCCCAGCGUGUUUGAAACGUACACGACCUGGAACGUGCUUCUGGGUUUGAUUGUGCUCUGGAUGUCAGCUUACUGCGCGACCCAGACACAGGUUCAGCGAUACACAAGCAUCGGUUCCCUGCGCGGCGCAAGGAAGGCACUACUACUCAACAUUCCGGGUGUGGCACUUUUGCUUCUGCUCUCGGUCCUGUCAGGGCUGAUUCUAUUCGCUGUGUACGGCAAGUGCGAUCCGAGACUCAAGGGAGAUAUUACAAAGGCGGAUCAGCUGAUGCCGUACAUCGUUCAAGACCUUCUUGGGGAUUAUCCAGGCCUCUGUGGAGUUCUGGUGGCUGCAGUUUACAGCGGUUGUCUCAGCUCGCUGUCGUCUGGGUUCAAUGCUAUGGCUGCGGUCACGUGGGACGACUUUAUUCGGCCAUGUGUAAGGUUACCUGAGAAACGGACUGUGCUUCUCACCAAGUGCAUCGCUGCUGGCUAUGGCCUCCUCUCUAUUGCUAUUGCCUUCGUAUCCGGAACGUUCAAGUCCCUUGUUCAGGCCGGCAACAGUCUCGUCGGUGCCAUGGCGGGACCCCUCUUCAGCGUCUUCCUUCUGGGCUUUUUCUUUCCCUGCUGCAAAAAGAAGGGGGUGCUGGCUGGCAUGAUCACUGGCAUCGCGGUAUCCAUAUGGUUCACAGUGGGCUCAUCCCUGCACCCCAAACACAACAACUUCUUACCCACGUCGACGACUGGUUGCACGAAGUUUAACGAGAGCAUCAGCCUGGGAUCCUUUGACGGACCACAAGCGCCAAGCGGCAUCCUGAUGUUCUACCACAUCUCGUUCGUGUGGACAAGUGUUAUUGGAUUCGUGGCAACACUUCCCGUGGCACUGCUCGUCAGCCUUAUUUUCGAGCGAAACGACGAACAGUCUGUGGAUCCCAGAUACGUGUGUUCAUUUUCACGGAAGUUCAUGAAGAACGGAUCCAAGCCAGAUAAAUUAAAUCUCAAGGUAUCGUGA